AUGACUAUUGGGGAUUUUUUUGAUUUCGACAAGGCCGAAUAUAGACAUCGCAUAUCUCUUUACGAUGUUAAUUGCCUCCGCAAGCAAGAAGUGGUUAAAACACGCCAGCAUACAGCUGCAAUUUGCAGUAUUACCACUGGAGCAGUAGGCGCCCUUCUAUCCUGUGGAGGUACCCUGCUGCUAAGUGCCUAUGGAGCUCGUCGACUAUCAGUAGCAUACAGGAAGCUUGAGCUCAUACAGGCUGAGCUCACGAAACGAGGCAUUGCUCUACACGAAGUACGAAAGCGAGACGUCUUGAUACCCCUUGGAGCAUCCAUUGUCGGAAUGGGUGUUGGUUUUGGCAUAGACGAGGUAGCCGCUGUUGCAACCAAUGCCAUCCCCAUGGAAGCGGGUUUACCGCCAGGAUCUUCUAUCACUCAUGCAUUGUCUACGAAUGCAAGUGAUACGAUCAGCGGGGCAGCUCAAGGGGUUACGGAACAGACUCGGGAGAUAGGGCAGGCUAUACUGAAUAUAGACAAUGGGAUUCCAGCAGCCCAAGACCUUGCUAGAGACACGAUUUGGGCUCCCGCAGCCUCUACUCAGGGUGCCAUUGGUUUCCACGCUGGCAUGGUUACAAUGCAGGCUACUGAGAAAGGGCUUGCAAGCUUGGCAUCUAAUAUGCUAGCAACGCAGACUAUGGAAGCUAUGACGGGGGGUGUUUCCAAGACCAAACCGAGACUUCUGGACACCCGGAAAAGAACAAAGCAUGCUUCCACAACAGCCCUCACUAGGUCCCAGCCAACAGUACGGACAUCUAUAGAGGGUAAAGGUCCUAUCGAAUAUAGGAGUGAGGUGAAAUUUCGAACUAUCUUGGACUUGAUAGUUGUAGCUGGUAUGUUAUCCAUGGUUUCCUUUGUACUUAUUUUAUUUCUCUACUAG